UAUCAAGGAUGCCUGACUGUGGCGAUAUUUCAGAAAGUUGUUGACAGUUGUCGAUGUGUACCUUUCAACUACACUUCUGAAGAGUUACAAGUGGCGAUUACAACUAAAUGUACUUGGGACAGACUUUUUUGCGUUCAUAGUACUUUAGUAACAAUGAUAUCCACGCUCAAAGACCUUACAGCUGAAAGUGGAUGCUACCAAAAGUGCGACUACGUCGAGUACGAAACGAACGUGAAAUACGUCAGACGGGAGAAGGAAAGCGCGUAAGUGUCGUCAAGCCACUACAGCUGGUUUCUGGUACAUUUCGCCGAUAACUCUUGCAUGAAGUAUCGGCGGGAGGUGCUUUACUCGUGGGACCAAAUGCUAGCAAACCUCGGAGGGAUAUUCGGCCUCUGCGUGGGCGGGUCCAUCAUCAGCAUCAUAGAGCUGCUGUGUUUCAUCAUCGACCUCGCCUACUGCGUGAUCAUCACCAAGAAGGAAUCUCGCAAGAGAAAGCUGAAGAAGGAAGAGUUUGCAUCCAAAUUGUCCUUUAAAUUCACGAACGCCGAAUAA